AUGAUUCAGCAUUUGAAAGUACCACUUUCAUCACCACUAAUUGAUACGAUUGUAACGACUACAUUAAUUGGAAUAACGACAUCAUCUGUCACUACUUCUGCAUCGUCACCUACUUUAACAACACCACUAUUGUCUGAAAGCAUUUGUCCAUCACAUCCUCUCGAAUCAUCAUUUGUGGCACUUACUAACGCUUUAAAUCAAUUGCCAACUGCCGGUGCUUCCUUAUCCUCCUCCUCAACUACUUAUAAUUCUUCUUCUAUUAUUGUCACCACUGCUAGCUCUUCUACGGCAACAUCAUCUACUUCUUCCACUAAUAAUUUACAUCAAGAAGAUCUUAUUACAACAAUAUCCACUGGAUCAUUAGUUGCACCAUCUACGUCUUCAUCGACAGUCAACAUUAAUCAAUCGACAUCAAAUAAUACAUCUAGUCCUCAGCAGCAACAACCGCAAUCGUCACCAUCAAAUUUAUCAACAGCAUCACGCACAUCACAAAGUCAUUUUCCAUUAACAUUACCCCAUAUUGAUGAGGACGAUGAGGAUGAAAAUGGUCAAGGUAUCACAUAUUUACCAUUCAACAAACAAUAUUCAUCGAUUCGUGUAGUCGAAAAUAAAGUACAAAACGACAAUCUUAUAAAUUUAAAUGCGAAUUGUAACAAUAAUGUUAAGAGCUUCUCAUCAAACGAUUGUACGUCGGCAUCAUCGUCGAGUAAUUCUGUAUUGACACCAUCGCCAAAGAUAAAAGUUUCUAGAGUUAAAUUCAAUCAGAAUCAGACACCGCAGCCACAACUUCCAUUAUCACUCUCGUCAAGUGAUUCGGAAUCGUCUGUUACAACAAUCCAACAGCGCGAUUGUGGUGGUGAAAGUAGUGAUAAUAUAUCGCCAAACAAAAUGCAAGCUGAAAGUGGAACAAUUGCAGAGCUACAGAAAUAUCAGAAUAAAUAUUUAAGGAAUCGACGACAUACGCUUGCAAAUACAGCAAUUAAUGUUCGAUUGACCAUGUUGCAUGACGACAAAGUUUUAAUAUUGUCAAUUAAAAUGAUAUUAGUAGAUUCCAACCCUGCAAUUCCACCGCUUGCAACAUUGACGAUAUUGUAUAGCACAUUAGAUUUUCAUAUUGUUCGCUUCUCUUUAUAUAGUUUCUAUAACAUAACAUAA